AUGGGUCCUGGCUCCCAACACUUUCCCCAUGAUGGGGCAGCAGGGCUGGAGGACCAGCCCCCGGAGGCCCCGCCCCCACCGCAGCAGGGCAGUCCAGAGGCCAAGAGGGCCCAGUCCCAGCAGCAAGAGGAGUGGGGGCUGCAAGCCCGCCAGGCACCGCUGUCUCUGCAGAAGGCAACCCCAUCUCUGGAGGGGCCUACAGGCCCCGGGCGCCCCAGGACAAGGCCAGCUCGGCGGGCACCCCCGGUCCCGGCGUCUGGGAGGCAGCAAGCUGGGGGCUGCCCGCCGCACGAGGCCCACGCCAAAGCCGAGGGCUGGUUCCGCUCGGAAGGAAGAAUCCCGGAGGCUGAGCCAGAGCAGGGGGCUCAGACAGAGGCCCGGGGGCGCAGCGGCGGCGCAGAGGCUCGGGGCGCGGGGCGCGCGCUCAGCCGGGAGUCCUGCAGGGGGCGCUGCUAUUUCACACGGCGACACGGGACCAGGUUUUGGCCGCCCCGCCCCGCCCACGGACGUCGCCCCGCCCCCUGUCGCCAGCAGCCCCGCCCAUGGAUGCCGCCCCUCCCCUCCCCCAGAAGCCGGCCCCGCCCCUUCCGGCGAGGAACAGGUUUGGAGCCGGAGAGGACGGCCGCCCCGCCCCGCCCCCGUCGGUCCCGCCCCCUUCAUCCGGCCCCGCCCCCUCUCCCGCCGGACAGGGCGGAGAAGCGCUCCGGGGCGCCCCUUCAGCCUCCCGGUCCGGCCCCGCGGGAGGACGGGGCGCACCUCGUCCGGGCGGCCGAAACGCCGCCCAGGAGGGACACGGCUGCCCAGGAGGAAGCUCCAGAGAGGCCAGGGCCUCGGGAAAGCCGCCCGCCCGCCCGCCGGCCUCCCACUGGGUCGAGCCGACGCUCCUGCCCGCCCUCGGCCGGCCUACGGGCCGGGCUCCGGAGCGCGGACGCCGCGGGGAGGACAGAGUGGACGCGGCCGCUCUCCCUCUGCCCACAACACGCAGGCGACCCCUUCCGGAAGCAGUUUCUGUCACCCGUAGACGGGGAGCUCUGA